AUGACGCUCCGUCUGGGGCCGGCGGCCGUCACCGCCCUUGUGGCCCUGUGUGCCCUCUUGAGCGCCACCGCCGUGUCUGCUCAGGGCAACACGAGGACUAAGCUGGGCCUGCUCCCCGGCCUCUCCCACUUGCCCUCCUUCAAUCAAUGGACCGGGUACGUGAACGUGCGGCCGUCGAGCGGGCGUCAUCUGUUCUACUGGUUCGUGGAGAGCCAAAGGAAUCCGGCCCACGACCCGGUGGUGCUGUGGCUCACCGGCGGACCUGGCUGCAGCUCGAUCUUCGCCCUGCUGACCGAAAACGGUCCGUUCCGCGUCGAAGACGACGCCUUCACCCUGCGCAAACACUUGCAGUCGUGGAACACGGUUGCGAACAUCAUCUACGUCGAGUCGCCCUCUGGCGUUGGGUUCUCCUACGCUGACGAUGGCAACUAUACCACGGGAGACAACGACGCCGCAGAAGACAACUUCCAGUUCGUGUUGGGCUUCUUCAAACUGUUCCCCGAGUUUGUUCGCAACCCCUUCUUCGUAGCGGGCGAGUCCUACGCGGGGCACUACGUUCCUCAGUUGGCCGAGAAGCUGUUCGAGAGACCCGAGGGCAAGGCCGUCAACCUCCAGGGCUUCAUGGCCGGCAACCCCUCCACCGACUGGACCAUCGAACCCGACGCCUAUUGGGCGUUCAUGGCCUAUCACGCGCUGAUGAGCACCAGCGACUGGAAGGAAGCCCAGCACGUCUGCCGGAACAACUUCACCCACCCCACCUCUGCCUGCACGACGACCCUGGACCGGAUCCGUAGCGCCUUCAACAGGGUGAACCCCUACAAUAUCUACGCUCCGUGCAUUGGGCCGAGCGACCCGGCCGGUGGCUGUCUCACCCAGCAAAUGGCCCUGGCCUUCGCCGCUCGCCCCGAGCGAUCCCAGCGCAGCAGCAGCGACCUCUACUCCGUCGGAAGCCAAACGUUCAUCCCUUGCAUCAACGUGAGCGCACCUCAGCAAUAUAUGCAGCGGCCCGACGUGCAGCGGGCGCUGGGCGUGUCGCCCAAGUCGCAGAAGUUCGAGUGGACAGCCUGCUCGGCGCACCUGAACUACACCCAGUACGCCAUCAGUGUGCUCCCCAUCUACGCCAAGUUGUGGAGGUCGAUGCGCGUGCUGGUCUACAGCGGUGAUGUGGACUCGUGCGUGCCGUACCUGGGCACGGAGGCCUGCAUGGAUGCCCUGGGCCUGCCCGUGGUCGAGCCGUGGCGCGCCUGGAUAGUCGACGGCCAGGUGGCCGGCUACGUGAAGGUGCUGGGCGGCCGCGCCGGCGGCCCCUCGCUCACCUACGCCACCGUCAAGGAGGCCGGCCACAUGCCUGACGAAGCGCUGGCCCUGUUUUUGUCCUUCAUCAAUGGUGCUCGCCUAUGA